AUGGCUAAUAUCGUUCAACCACUUUGUGUACCUUCUUCCUAUAAAGAUCAACAAUACCAGGGUUCAUCCACAGAGUUAGCUAAAGAUCUUUCUAAUAGCACAACUCUUUAUGUCGGAAAUUUAUCAUUUUACACUACCGAGGAACAAAUCUAUGAACUAUUUUCAAAAGCCGGAGAAAUAAAAAGAAUAAUUAUGGGUUUGGAUAAGUUUCAGAAAACUCCUUGUGGAUUUUGCUUCGUUGAAUACUAUCAUCAUCAAGAUGCAUUGGAUUGCAUGAAAUACAUAAAUAGUACGAAGUUGGAUGAACGAAUCAUAAGAACAGACUUGGACCCUGGAUACAGAGAUGGAAGGCAAUAUGGAAGAGGAAGAUCGGGCGGUCAGGUUCGUGAUGAAUAUCGUCAAGAUUACGAUUCAGGACGAGGUGGAUGGGGCCAUGUUCGUGCUAAGCAAGAGGCUGAACGCGCAAGAAGACAGAAAGAAGAAUAUGAGGCUAUCACCAUCGUUCCUAGUGGAGCUUCAGAAUACAAGGGGAAAUCAUCAAUUUCCAAGAAACGCAAUAGACAAGAAGAUGAUGAACAAGAAGAAAGUUAUGGUCAUGAAAAAGUCAAGAAUCCUCGUUUCAGGGAAGAUAGAUCAGACGACGAAGAUGAAAUGCAGACUGAUGCUUGA